AUGGAUCUUCGGAUGCUCCUCGGCUUGGCCCGACCCGCCGUCGUCGUCGUCCCGGGCUUUCUCUACGGGUCCGAGGACUUUGUCGGCCUCGCCGAGGCCCUGCGGCGCCGCGGCGUCGACGCCACCGUGGCGCCCAUCGCCUGGUGGCACUGGAUCCCGUGCCUCGGCGGGCGCUCGGUCCGCCCGAUCCUCGAGCGCAUCCAGUGCGCCGUGGACUACGCGUCGUCCGCGGACGUCGUCGCCGUCGAGGCGCCCGCGCCGGCCUACACGCCGCUCGACCUCUGGCGCGACUUCCGCCAAACGCCCGGCGGCGUCAUGGCCGUCGGCGGCUCGGCGGACCCCGACGAGUUCCCCGACGUCGCGCCCUGCGGCGGCUUCGGCGACGCGCCGCCGCCGCGGCGGGCCUGCGCCAUCGUCGGCCACAGCGCCUCCGGGUGGAUCAGCCGCAUCUUCCUGUCCUCCCGAACCUACGGCGGCAAGGCCUACGGCGGCUCCGGCGGCCGCGUGUCCAAGCUCGUCACCCUAGGCAGCCCCCACGCCGCGUCCGAGGGCGUGGCCUUCGCGAACGUCGCGUGGGCGAACCGGGAGGCGGCGCCCGUGCCGGCGCUCGCCGUCGCCGGCGGCGGCUUCGGCGGCGCGACCGCGGAGAGCUUCACGACGGACUCCUACGCCUUCUGCGGCGCGCCCGACGCCGAGACCUGCGACGGCGACGGCGUCACGCCCGUGGCGUCCGCGCUCGACCUCCCGGGCGCGGAGACGCUCCUAUUGGAGGGGGCGACGCUCCACGCGCCGCAGUUCCCGCGGUGGCUCGCGCCCCAGCUCCACGACGCGGGGGUCGCGGGCGGCACGCCCUGGUUCGGCGACGACGCGCGGCUCGACGCGACCUCGUCGGCGGCCUCGGGCGCGCUGCGCCUCGCGGAGCAGACGGCCGAGCAGAACACGGCGAAGGAGAAGGCGUCGGGCACGAAGGGCGCGGCGGCGGCCCACGCGUGGGCCGUGGCGCUGAACAAGUCAGAAAGGGCCACCGUGGGGUACAAGCCGUCGCGGCCCGUCGUCCAGGGCUUCGCGGGCUCGUCGGCGUCGGCGGCGAAGAUGGAGGAGCAGGCGUUGCUGUCGGACGCGGACAGGGCCGCCGAGGUCGCGAGCCUCAAGGCCGCCGAGGCGGCGAACCUCGCCACGGCCAAGGCGCUCUACGAGCAGCAGAAGAUGGAGGGCGACGAGAAGGAGGCUAGGGGCCGCGCCGAGUCGGCCGAGCUCCUCGACCCCUUCGCGCUGGGCACGGUGGCCAUGCUCGUCGGCGCCUUCGUGGACAACGUCUGCAGCGCGCUCUACGACGUGCCGUUGAAGUAUUAUCUGUACGACGAUUUGGGCGUGAGCGUGAGAGCGUACUACGUGCUGUCGGCGUGCACGUCCAUCCCGAGCUCGCUGCUGCCCUUCUUCGGGCUGCUGGCUUUAGUCCCCAUCCGGGGCUGCCACCACAAGUUCUACUGGAUGCUGGGCUACGCGCUGAGCUGCGCGUGCUACCUGGUUUUGGGCACGUCGUCGGGCAGCCCGUCGUUCUCCGCGAUCGUCUGGUGGCUCACGUGCGCGGCCGUGGGCUCGUCGCUGCGGUCGACGAUGCUCGCGAUGAUGAUGGUGGAGCGCACGCGCCACGAGACGCUGGCGAACCGCGGGUUGUUCUCGUUGUAUUUGGCGUCGGCCAGGGCAGGACAAGAGAGCGAAAUUCCCAACUUCAAAGCCUCAUAUCUCGGCCGUUUUCCACUCGCGUCGGCGUCGUACUGCGGCGCGUUCGUAGGGCAGGCGCUCGCGUCCGUGCUCUACGAGAACGAGCUCGGUCUGGGCUCCUGGGGCGGUUUCACGAUCUCGCAGAUCUUCGUGAUCUGCGGCGUGGCGCCGCUCGUUGUCGUCGUCCCGCUCGCGUGCUUCCUGAAGGAGGUGCCGUCGAUCGCGGCGCGGAGCACCAAGUCCGUCGCGGCGCGGGCCAGGUUCGAGUUCGUCGCCAUCUGGGAGACGCUCCAGGACAAGCGCAUCGGCUGCAUCCUGAGCUUCGGCCUCGCGCUCUACCUUUUGACGGUCACGAACGCGGCGCACUCGUACCUGCUGCUCGACGGCUGCGACAUCUCCGAGCCGGAGUACUGCUGGCUGAAGAUCGUCCAGGACAUGACGCUCUGGGGGGUCAUCGUCUUCUACCGCCAGUACCUCUUCGAGAUCGACCUCCACACGCUGUUCGUCGGCGCGUACGUCGUCAGGACGCUCGCGAAGCUCAACGACUGCGUCGCCGUCGUCGCCGGCGGCGCGAACAGCGCCCUGCCCUGCCUCUUCUGGGUCGGCGGCGACGACGUCACCUAUGACUCUUGCGACGUCGUCGCCGCGGAGGUGCUCACGCUCGCGCUGUUGCUCGCGCUAGCGAAGCGGAGCGCGCGCGACGCGUCGGAGCGGUCCGCGUCCAUGUCCUACCUCGCCAUCGCGUCGAUCCUGAACGUGGCGUCGUCGAUCUCCGACAUUAUUGAUAUUUACCUCGAGGACAUCUGGGACGUGAACACGGACAAGCUCGAGGCGCACGACUACGGCGGCUACUGGCGCCUCGAGCUGCUCACGGCCCUCGUGCCGCUGGCCGUGCUCGGCUUUUUGCCGUUGCUGCCUAGGACGCGCGAGGCCGCGGCGACCAAGGAGGACGGGUGGUUCGCGCCGUGGAAGGACGCGGGCCACGGCAGGACCGCGGCGUUCCUCUUCGUCGCCUUCUGGGUGGGCGACGCCGACCCCCUCGCGGGCACGCACGCCGCCGCCGCCGAGGCGUCGUCGAGGAAGCCGUCCCGCUUCACGCUCAAGAAGCGGCCGGCGCCCGAGGCCCUCCACCGCCAGACUCUGCGGGCGCUCCUCGCCGCGUCGCCGGCGACCUUCGACGCGACGUUCACGGAAAGGCGCCUCGGCUUCGCCCAGGGCAGGAAAAGGGUGAUUCAACGCUUCGCCGUCGUCCUCGCGCGCUACGCGUCGAGCGGCCGCGCCUUCGUGCGCGUCACGUCGACGACGCCCGGCGUCUGCGAGGCGAGCGUCAAGCCGACGGACGAGCUCGCGGCCGUCGACGGCGAGCCCGUGCUGUCGCCGGACGGCGCGUCGCUGGCGGCGCUCAUCGGCGGCAUCCUGAGCGGUCCCCGGCCCCUGACCUUCACCUUCGCCGGCGGCGCGCGGCGGGUCGCAGCGUACGACGCGCAGGAGCGGAAGCGGUCCAGCGAGGGCGCGGACGACGCGCGCGCGCGGUCCUGCCGCGAGGCCUGCGGCCGCGCGGAGGCGUUGCUCGAGGAGUGCCGCGAGUGGAGCCGGGGCGGCGGCGGCGACGCCCACCUCGCGGCCGCCGCGGGCAGGUGCGCCGCGGAAGCCGACGCGGCGGAGGCGACGGCGGGCGACCACGGCCCCGCGCGCGCCUGGGCCGACAGGGCGCGGAACGCAGCGACGCGCGCGGCGACGCUCAGCCUAUUGCGCGCGGGCGACGCCGGCGCGCUCGUCGACGCGUGCAAGCGCGGCGCGCGCGACGCCAAGGCCGCGCGCCGCGCCGCGGAGCAGAUCGACAACCUCGACGGCCCCCUGCUCGUCGCCGCCGUCGAGGCCCGGUGCGCCAGCGCGGCGUGCCACGCGGGCGCGGCGGGCGACGCCGCCGCGGCGCUCCUGGCGCGCGCCGCGGCGCGGAUCCCCGCCGCGGACCGCGGCGACGUGCCCCCGGGGUCGAAGGCGACGUUGUGCGGCGUCGACGACCUCGACGGCGUCGCGGCUGUCGUCGAAAGCUACAGUCCCGAAAGCGACCGCUACGAGCUCCGCGCGGGCGACGGCGCCGUCUACGCCGUGCGCCGGAACAAGUUCGCGCUCGAGGACGCCGGCGGCGCGGACGCCGCGCGCGGCGCGCGGCUCGCGCGUUUGGCGGCCGCGAAUCACGCGCGCGUGAGCGAGCUCCUCGCGCGCGCGCGGAGCCGCAAGCGGCGGCCCCGGGCGCGCGAGGUCGCCGAGGAGGUGUCGCUCGAGGAGCGGCGCGCGGACUCGCCGACGUACGCGCGGUUCCAGACGGACGACCUGCGGAACUCCGAGCCGCUCUCGUACAACUCGCUCAUGUCCCUCGACGACGACGAGAAGGACGCGGCGGAGGAGACACGCAAAGACUCGCUCAUGUCUUUGGACGACUCGAAGUCGGGCCGCGCGCCGUCGCCGUGGUCCGUCUACGAGGCCGCGUUCGUGCGGCGCGAGGUCGCCGCGGGGCGCCUCACGGACGCGAGCCUCGAGGACAUGCUCGAGCCGGAGGACGCCGACGCGCCGCCGCCGCUCCCGCCGGCGCCGCUCCUCGUCGAGGAGGAGGAGGCGGAGCUGCUGCGGGAGCCGCUGAUGUCGCCGGGGCGGUCCGUCGCGCUCUCCCAGAGCUCGUCGCUCCACGUCGCCGCGUCCCAGACGCGCCGCUCGCCGUUCGACGACGCGUCGUCCGACGACGGCGGCGCGCCGCCGCCGCCGCCGUCGCCGGGGCGCCUCGCGUUCCGCGGGCCGUCGGCCGAGGACCUCGCGGCCAUCGACCCGCGGCCCGACCGGGCGGCGUCGCCGUCGGCCGGCGGCUUCUUCGCGCCCUUCUCGGAGGGCCGGCCGCUGUCGUCGCUCUACUCGACGAGCGAGCCGCCGUCGCCGCCAAUCCCGUCCGCGUUCUCGUCGCCGGUCGUGUCCGGGUCGUCGGCGCCGCCGUCGGUCCGCGGCGACGCGUCCGUCGUCUCCUGCGACGCGGACGGCCGCUCGCCGCGCGACGCGCCGAGCCCCGACGCGCUCGCGGGCGCGCUGUCGCCGACGACGUUCUCGCGGCUCACGGACUCGUUCCUCAACCUCCGCGCGUCGCUGGCGCCGCCGCCGCCGCCUUCCCUGGCCCUCGACGCCGACGUCGUCGCCGCCGGCGGCGCGGGGCCGCCGAGCCCCAAGGCCGCGCGGCCCUCGGAGCCGGCCCGGUCCGCGCCGGGGCCCGACGCGGACGACAUCGGCCGCCUCGUCGGCGACGACGUCGCCGACAUGGUCUCCAAGGUGAAGGCGACGCGCGCGAACCGCAAGAAGAAGCCGAAGCGGCGCCGGGCGCCGUCGGUGUAA